AGCUGGGGCGUUGGCGCCAUGGCCCUCUCGAGGCUCUUCGGCUUGCUUAGCCGUCCCUUAACCACUGCAUGGACAGCGACAAGAUCACCCCUUCUGUGUCAGUCUUUGAGGAAAACAAGUUCUUCUCAAGGAGGAAAGUCUGAACCCAUCAAACAAUCACUUAAGAAGCCAAAGUUACCAGAAGGUCGUUUUGAUGCACCAGAAGAUUCCCAUUUAGAGAAGGAACCACUGGAAAAAUUUCCAGAUGAUGUUAAUCCAGUUACCAAAGAAAAAGGUGGACCCAGGGGCCCAGAACCUACACGAUAUGGAGAUUGGGAACGAAAGGGACGCUGUAUUGAUUUUUAAGCCACAUGUUCUUUAAUCUCAGUAUUGUUUUCUGAAUAUGUACAACUGAAUUAACUUAUUUCUGAUUUUUUCCUUUAUAUCCUUUAAGUCAUGUAAUUUCCAUAAUGUGUUUAAAAAUAUACAUGAUGGCUUUGGAAGAAAAUAUGCUGCUAUAAAUUAGGAAAGGAAAAUUUAUUGGAGUUUAUAAAGAUGAUGAGAGCCGCAAGUUUUUACUUCAUCAUUUUUCAGUUUAAAUUAGUUGCUUGUAAAAUGCACAUGUAAAUAAAAUAUUUUUUAAAUGA